ACAACAAAUUAUUGAGCAAAUUCGUGUUGUCGUCGUUGGUCGUCGUAAAACGAGAAACGAAAAUGAAAGAACUUUUUUGCGCUUCCGAUAAAAAAUUAAGUCAACCAGAAGUGGCUGGUAUUCUGGACACUGCAAUAAAUAAGAGUGGUGAAAGAAUGUUUCGUGUGAGGUGGAAAGAUACGUGGGAAUACGAAGAUUUGUUGAAGGAUUACAAAUCCAAAAUUCAAGAGUAUUGGAAAAAGUGCGAAAAGUGUUAUGAGUAUUUACCCAAGUCUAAUCCAUCUGAGAAGCCGUCACCGUUCAGUAUCGAUCAAAUGAGUCGAACAACAAUGUUAGAUCGUACUGGCAAGAGUAUCACGAAAGUUAACCGUUUAAAACGUCGAACAACACACAAACUGGAAAAUAUUGUUUCAAAAUUAAAGAAAUCGAGACAAGAGGAUUAUAAAGAUCCCAAUAACAACAACAGCAACGAGGACAACAACAACAAAAAAGACAAUGUCAACAACAACAACAAUGACAAAAACAUUGAGAACAACAAUAAAAACGAUAACACAAGCACCACCAGCAACAACAACAAUGACAAUAACAGCAGUGGUAAACAUGACAACAGCAAUUUCAGCAAUCCAUUUAGUGAGACUACGCCAAAAAUAAGCAAAAUUUGGUCCCCAUACUUAAACCAGCCUAGACAACCCAACGUACAAUGCCAUCAAGAUAGACACCUCCAUGAGAGGCACUGUCCGUCUUUAACUGAUAGAAGAGAAUGUGAGACCAGCAAAGAAUUCUGUUAUAAAAGGCACCUUAAAAAAGAUAUGCAAUAUUUUAAACGAAGUGUGUUUGAUUCAACAUCCGUGGUUAAACACACUAAAAAUGUCGAUUCGAUAUACCUCAACAACAAGAGAAGAAAUACAGGUGUGGAACACAAAGAGUAUGCGCAAAUUAUAAAUGAGAGUAAUUCUCAAUAUCGGCAUGAUGUUGAUGAUUGGCAUGACGAGAAAUCAAGUUUCGUCACACAACUUGAAGAAAAGGAUCAUAUGAACUAUUUGAAUACGUUAACAAUGGCCUCCACUUAUAAGAAGGAAGACAAGCAAACAGAGAGAGAGGGUAGCGACAACGACAGCAGUGGUGGAGAGUCAUCAAGUAGCGGAAAUAAAUCCAAUUAUGGUGAGUCUGUAAACAUGACCUUAACGCUGGAAAGUUAUAAGGCAAAUAAGAACAAAAUUAAACUAUCGGAUAAUUUGGAAUCAGAUAAAAUUGCUGAAACAAAAUGUGAAAAAUGUAAUAAAAGAUUUUAUCGCCGCAGUCAGCUCUUACGCCAUUUAUCUAACCAUGUAGUUCACGAAUGUCAUAAAUGCCACGCAGUUUUCUACUGCGUGCGAAAGUUUAAGCGGCAUCUGUCUACACACGAGAGUUUUCCUUGUGAGUUCUGCGAUGAAGAGUUCUACGAUGCGUCUGCUUGGUAUCAACACAGAGCAAAACACACAAUGAUGGAGUGUUCAAGUUGCGAUAUGGUGUUUUACAACAAGUCAUCGCUACUUAAGCACCGUAUAACACAUUCAGAAUAUUUGUGCCCUGUUUGUUAUCAUGGAUUCAAAGACAUGAACAUCUGGUUACCCCACCGCGCCUACCAUGGACGAACGUACGGCAAUACGAUCAAUUCUCCGUUGCUGAGGUGUACGGAAUGCAAAAGAACAUUUUCUACUCAGGACAUUUUCUUAAAACACAAGUGCAUCUAUCCAUCAAGGGAUCAACUAACUGUCCGUGACAGCAAAGUGAGCCCGCUAAGUAAGCAAGACAUUUCGGAUUUAAUUGGUGUAGAUCAAACAUCCAAUUUCAAGGCAUGAUGGGUUCGAUAUUAACGUUGAGUUAGAGAGAAUAAGUUUGCUAACUGAAAGAAUUUUACCUGAAAAAAAAGCUCUGCUUCCAUCGUACCUAGACCAACCUGAUGCUUCUUUUUUUGGACGAGAACGCACACAUUUCCAACUACGAGGACAAUUCAAUCUUGUGUCAAUUUUCUCAUCUAAUAUUUAUAUCAUAUUUCAUUUUAGUUUUGUUAUUAAUGGCUAAUUUAUUGUGUAACAUAAAAAAUUGUAAUAUAAUUUUAAAAUUAAACAAAGUGUUGUUAACACACUUUUCAAGA